CACUGGUCUCCUUCUCCCGGCAGAAGGCGCAGCCAUGAAUCCGUUAUUUGGUCCCAACCUCUUCCUCCUACAGCAGGAGCAGCAAGGCUUGGCCGGGCCGCAGGGGGACCCUCUGGGAGGUGACCACUUUGCCGGGGGAGGGGACUUAGCCUCGGCUCCGCUUGCCUCGGCCGGCCCCUCUGCCUAUUCGCCUCCCGGGCCUGGUCCGGCGCCCCCCGCAGCCAUGGCUCUCCGCAACGACCUAGGCUCCAACAUCAACGUACUCAAGACCCUGAACCUCCGGUUUCGCUGCUUCCUAGCCAAGGUGCACGAGCUAGAGCGCCGAAAUCGGCUGCUGGAGAAACAGCUGCAGCAGGCUCUAGAGGAGGGUAAGCAGGGCAGGCGGGGCCUGGCCCGCCGUGACCAGGCGGUACAGACCGGCUUCAUCAGCCCGAUCCGGCCCCUGGGGCUGCCCCUGAGCUCCCGGCCGGCUGCCGUGUGCCCCCCAUCAGCGCGGGUGCUGGGCUCGCCCGCCCGCUCGCCAGCUGGACCCUUAGCAUCCUCUGCCGCCUGCCACACAUCAUCCUCCACCUCCACCUCCACUGCCUUCUCCUCGUCGACCCGCUUCAUGCCUGGCACCAUCUGGUCCUUCUCUCACGCCCGCCGGCUUGGACCGGGACUGGAACCCACGCUGGUGCAAGGGCCUGGCCUGUCGUGGGUACACCCUGACGGGGUGGGCGUCCAGAUCGACACCAUCACCCCCGAGAUCCGUGCCCUGUACAACGUGCUNGCCAAAGUGAAGCGGGAGCGGGACGAGUACAAGCGAAGGUGGGAAGAGGAAUACACAGUUCGGAUACAGCUACAAGAGCGAGUGACUGAGCUCCAGGAGGAGGCCCAAGAGGCCGAUGCCUGCCAAGAGGAGCUAGCCAUGAAGGUUGAGCAGCUGAAGGCAGAGCUGGUGGUCUUCAAGGGGCUCAUGAGUAAUAAUCUGACAGAGCUGGACACCAAGAUCCAGGAAAAGGCCAUGAAGGUGGACAUGGACAUCUGCCGCCGCAUUGACAUCACGGCCAAGCUCUGUGACUUGGCCCAGCAGCGCAACUGCGAGGAUAUGAUCCAGAUGUUCCAGAGGAGGCUGGUCCCGUCCAUGGGGGGGCGGAAGCGGGAGCGCAAGGCUGCUGUGGAGGAGGACACCUCCCUGUCGGAGAGUGAUGGGCCCCGCCAGCCUGAGGGUGCCGAGGAGGAGAGCACAGCCCUCAGCAUCAACGAGGAGAUGCAGCGCAUGCUCAGCCAGCUGAGGGAGUAUGAUUUUGAGGACGACUGUGACAGCCUGACUUGGGAGGAGACUGAGGAGACCUUGCUACUUUGGGAGGAUUUCUCAGGCUAUGCCAUGGCAGCCGCAGAGGCCCAGGGAGAGCAGCAGGAGGACAGCCUGGAGAAGGUGAUCAAAGACACGGAGUCCCUGUUCAAAACCCGGGAGAAGGAGUACCAGGAGACCAUUGACCAGAUAGAGGUAAGGGUGCCGGCCACAGGGGCUCUGUCCAGGGCUCAGGAGCCACGCUGUAGAAAGUCUCCUGCUUUCACUGCNGUCCCGCUUAGCGACCCGCCGCCACCGCCGAGUGAGACUGAGGACUCCGAUCGAGAUGUCUCAUCUGAUAGCUCCAUGAGAUAGAAACCAGUGUCUGGCACCCCAGAGCUCACUGGGGCAGGGGUGUGGGUCUGCAGGGGUGUGGGUCUUCUGUGCCACUGCAUGAAGCCUGGCCCUGGGCUGUCCCUCCCCAGGUUCUGGGGUGUCUGGAGCUAGGCUCAGCCCCACCCUCCCUGUACAACGCCCAUGACAUUGGGACACUCCUUCCUGCCUUCCUCACAUGUGGGUAUCUGCUACUUCUCCAUCUUCGGAAUGCUGCCAGGACACUUGUGAGCCUCCCUUUUCCACUUUGUAAGGAAUGUGAUCACGGGACCUGCCUGUAUUCCUUGGGUAUCUUGGAUUUUGUACUGGUGCUAACUUGCCUAGGCACUCGUGUGAAGCAGAUGUACCUUGGGAUAGGGCUUUGCUCCCUAGUAAGGCCUUGGAGGGUGUGGGGUGCUCUGUCCACAUGUUCCCAGCUGUUCACUUGCCUCCUGCACAGUGAACAUGGCCGUGCAGGCUNGCCUUUGGGAAGUCCUGUGCUGGGCCCAGGUUGUGGCUGAGAAGGUGAAGCUGCUGCCCGCACAUGGGUGUGGCCUGCAGGCUACNGUGCUCAGGCCUGUUUCUCCAGUGAGCAGCUGAGGGCAUGCCGCUAUGGCUGUCACUGACAAAACCAAAAAGAUGUCCCUGACCUAGGGAGUCAGUCACGACCUCCCAGGAGANUAUGUUGAACUAUUGGAAUGGAACCUUUAAAAGCAAUGAAGGUGUGGAGUACUUCCCAAGCACUGAGUCACUGUGUGACGCACUUUUGGACACUGCACCUUCAUUUCCAACCAACAGUAAGCACUGGUUAGGCACUGCCCCAGAACCAAAGCAUCGACCAGUGCUACAGCCCCUCUUCAUGGAUACCAUUAAGUUUUACUGUACUGGGCACCCUUCCAAUUUUACCUAAUCUAACGUCUGUCUGCAGACUUACAAUUAACCUUUGUUUGCAGAUAAAGGACACCAAUCUUUCUCAAGAGCAGUGAGCUCUGAAAGUCAGUGCUGUCCAACCGUGCAUUUCCUGUCCCAUUGUCAAGCCCC